AUGGCACACGACGCUGAUCCAAGCAACAAACGACCACUCGAAACUGAAGAACCAGUUGUAGAACAACAAGACGAUGAUGACAUUGGCCCCAUGAUGCCACCUCCACCAAGUGAAGCACCUCCCAAAAAGAAACGAGUUCUUGCACAUGAAAAGUUGUUCCUGUCACACUUGCCCAACGCCGAUAUGUAUGAAAGAAGUUAUAUGCAUCGAGAUACGCUCAAUUACGUUGCCGUUUCACCAGACAACGAUUUUAUCAUCACAACAUCCGUGGAUGGUCAUCUCAAGUUUUGGAAAAAGACUGCAAGCGGUGUAGAGUUUGUCAAGCAUUAUCGCGCCCAUUUGGGUACCAUUGUUGGUAUCAGCCUAUCUGCAGAUGGCGAGUUGCUGGCUACAAUCUCGGAGGAUCAAGCUCUCAAGGUCUUUGACGUGACCAAUUUUGAUAUGAUCAAUAUGAUUAAACUCGAUUACAAGCCCAAAGCUGUGUGCUGGAUUCAUCAGCGUGGACAAGCCCAAGCAUUCGUUGCCGUAUCCGAUGCUGACAGUCCAAAGAUCAAUAUUUAUGAUGGCCGAGCUGACAACAAGCCCCUACAUACUAUUACCGACAUGCAUUCACAACCAGUACACUUGAUGGCGUUUAAUGCAACGUUCGAUUGUGUGGUCUCGGUGGAUACGAAUGGCAUGGUGGAAUAUUGGCAACCAGAGGCACCUUUUGAAUUACCACGUAGUCUGAAAUUUGAAAUGAAAUCGGAAACGGAUUUAUACGAAUUCCGCAAGAACAAAUCAGUACCAACGUCAAUAACGUUCUCGCAAGAUGGUCGCCAAUUUGUCACUAUGAGCUUCCCCGAUCGACAAGUCCGCGUAUUCAAGUUUCUCAGCGGUAAACUCUUUCGCAAAUACGAUGAGAGCAUCCAAGUUAUCAGUGAGAUGCAACAAGCUGGUACUGCUAUUCACAAAUUGGAUGACAUGGAGUUUGGACGGCGGUUAGCUGUGGAUCGUGAACUUGAAAAAUCACCGCAAGCCAACUUUGUCAAUGCUGUGUUUGAUGAGAGUGGCAAUUUUAUUAUAUACGCGACGUUGCUCGGUAUCAAGGUCGUCAAUAUUCGCACAAACAAGGUUGCUCGGCUGAUUGGCAAGUCAGAGACACAUCGUUUCCUCAACAUGGCAUUGUAUCAAGGUGCACCAAAGAAGAAGGGUGUUUAUACUUUGGCAAUGGCUGCUUCAGAUAAUGCGACACUCAGAGAAAGUGAAAUGCUGGAUCCCACAUUAUUCUGCACAGCAUUCAAACGCAACCGAUUUUUCAUGUUUACAAAGCGAGAACCUUACGAGGAUGAGAGUCAAAAGGGUGAUCGUGAUGUAUUUAACGAGAAGCCAUCCCGAGAAGAGCAAACUGUGGCAGCUACUCAAGAACGCAAGCAAGUGUUGGGCACCCAUGCCAUCAUUCGUACGACACGAGGUGAUAUCCAUAUUCGACUUUUCCCUGAUGUAGCACCCAAAGCUGUUGAGAACUUUGUGACGCAUUCCAAGAACGGUUAUUAUGAUAACCUCAUCUUCCAUCGUGUUAUCAAGGGUUUCAUGGUUCAAACGGGUUGUCCAUUUGGUGAUGGCACGGGUGGUGAAUCUAUUUGGGGAGAUGACUUUGAGGAUGAAGUGACACGUGAUGUGCGGCAUGAUCGACCCUACACUGUGAGCAUGGCCAAUGCGGGUCCCAACACCAAUGGAAGUCAAUUCUUUAUUACAGUGGUACCUACGCCUUGGUUGGAUAUGAAACAUACAGUCUUUGGUCGAGCUACAGCAGGCAUGGAUGUUGUGCACGAGAUUGAAAAUGUCAAGACCGACAAGAACGAUAAACCAUAUGAUGAUGUCAAGAUCAUUAAUAUUGAAAUUCGAUAA